GCGAGGAGAAGCCCGCCCUGGCGACGAGAGAGCGAUCGUGAAAGGCUGGCCAAAAUCGAGAGGUGGAACAAGGAAAGGGAAAAGGAACCUUUAGCUCGCACACAAGUUCCAGUGCUCGUAUUGGGCAGCGCUGGAUGUGAUCCUUCUUUUGGUUCAUGACGCAUGCCGAUACAGUUGCCUGGACUUCCAAGCUCUGUGCGCUCGCUCGCAAUGGCCAAAUCGACGAAGCUCGCCUGCUCUUUGCCAGGAUUCCACAGCGCGAUCUUAUCUCUUGGAAUGCGAUGCUCUCGGCAUAUGCCCGUAAUGGGCUCUUGGGCGACGCUAAACAGCUCUUCGACGGCAUGCCGCAGCGGAGCCUCGUUUCGUGGAACACACUGCUGGCGGUAUACAGCCAGUGCGGCGACGUGGACGAAGUCAAGAAACUCUUUGAUGAGAUGCCCGGCAGGGACUUGAUAUCGUGGACUUCGCUGCUUGCAGGAUAUGCCCAAAGAGGGCAUGUCGAUCACGCAAAGCAAACCUUUGACGAGAUGCCAUUCCACGACCUUCUCGCGUGGAGUGCCAUGCUAGCUGCAUAUUCCCACAACUCCGAUCUUAGCGAAUCUUCCAGAUUGUUUAACGAGAUGCCAGAGAGAGAUGUCGGUUGCUGGAACUCUAUGCUUGCCGCAUUUGCCCAGCUCGGCGAUCAUCCAAAAGCCAAAGAGUUCUUCGAUCAAAUGCCGGAACGAACGAUUGUCUCUUGGAACACUUUGGUCACAGCGUAUGUGCACAGUCUUGAGCUCGAUCGAGUUCGCGAGAUCUUCCACGCGAUGCCAGAGAGAAAUCUCGUGUCGUGGAACGUUGUCCUCUCGGCAUCUGCCCAGCACGACGAUCUAGAGACAACCAAGAGACUUUACGACGAGAUGCCCCAGCAAAACGUGGUGUCCAUGGGCACGAUGCUCGUGGCAUAUGCCCAGCAUGGUCAUACGGAUAGAGCAUUGGCCAUACUCCACAAGAUGCCAGUGUACGGCAUUGGGUGUGUGAGCUCCCUUGUGGCGACGCUCGGACAGCAAGGGAAUCUCACAGAUGCGGUCAAGCUGUUUGACUCUUUGCCACGCGUUGACCUCUUCUCUUGGACGUCGUUGCUGGCUGCGUAUGCCCAGAAUGGCCACGUCGGCAAGGCGGUGGAGAUGUUUGAUUUGAUUGACGAGCCAGAUCUUGCCAUGUGUAAUGCCAUGCUGGCGGGGUAUGCCCAGACCGGGCAAGUCGUACAAGCACAAAAACUCUUCGAGAGAAUGGAGGAGAGGAAUCUUAUUACGUGGACGUCAAUGGUAACGGUAUAUGCCGCAAAUGGGAAUCUUGAAGAAGCACGCUACGUCUUUGAUUCCAUGCCCCAGUGGAAUCUCGUGGCCUGGAACGCAAUGCUAUCGGCAUAUGCCCAGAACGGGCAUCUAGAAGAAUCAGAGAAGAUGCUCGACCAAAUGCCUCAAUCAAAUGCGUUUACGUGGACGUCGAUGCUCGCGGCAUAUGCCCAAAAUGGGCAUCUUGAGCAAUGCAAGGGAGUGUUUGAUGCGAUUCCUCACAGGUCACUGGUGUCCUGGACGGCAAUGUUGAUUGCAUUCGCGCAAAAUGGGCAGAUUUACAGCGCUGUGGAUCUCUUUGAUCGAAUGCCCGUGAGGGAUUCCAUCGCAUGGACGUGCUUGCUAGUGGGAUCCGUCCAGUGUGGGAAUUCCCCCUUUGCGAUCGAGAUGUUUCACAGGAUGAAGACAAUGGAGCCCCCGAAUGAGACGUGCUUCGUGGCGAUGCUGCUUGCGUGUAGCCACCAGGGAAAAGUUUAUGAUGGCCGGAGCUACUUCACAUCCAUGGCCUUUGAUCAUGGCCUGGCAGCGACAAGGAAGCACUAUGGCUGUCUCAUUGAUCUUCUGGGCAGGUCCGGAUACCUGGAAGAAGCCCGGGACUUGAUCGCCGCCAUGCCUUGGACAGCAGAUUAUGCCAAUUGGACGAGCUUUCUGGGCGCUUGUCGAGAAGCACGUGAUCUCAAGAAUGCUGCCUUUGGCGCGAGUGAAGUGAUGGGACUGGGUUCGAGGGUGGCGGCCCCAAACCUCCUACUCGCCAGCGUCUUGGAGCAAGAGAGAAACUAGUGAGAAUGAUGCAAACACUACCUUUGAAGUUAUUAAUCAAAAGAUAAAAUCCAUUGUUCUCUA